UUUUCUUCUCUUUGUUAUUAGUUGUGAGAGAUUCAACUGAAACACAUUAAUCUGUGGUUAAGUAUUCAAAAAAAAAAAUCUGUGGUUAAGCUUGUCUAAUUUUUCGGCAUUUAUAAUUAUUCCACGCGCCAGAAAGAUCCAUUCUUGUGCAUAGCAUUGCGUCCCAGCAAAAAUGAUGUCUCCAAGGAAAGUCUCUGAAGAUCGGGGAUCUUCCCAUUUCAGGCAAACCCCUUUACAGAUAAUCCAUAUUAUUGGCAACUUCUUGAGAAUAUGGUCAGUUUACUCCAUGUACCGCUAUUUGACUCAGACGGGAGCUCCAGUCAUUCUUUUUUUGUUCUGUUGUCUGAUACCAGCAUCGAUCCUUUUUUUAGUACUGCAAAAGCCUUGGAAGGGCAGGCCACUCUCAAAUCAACAGGUGGUGCCUUCUAUAAUAAAUGGUGGCAUAACAGCUUUAUACUUCAUCAUGUGGGGAAAAGGACUCAAAUCAUGUGGACCAGUCAGAGCUAUAUUGGCGGAGUAUUCUGGUGCUGUUCUUGGAGUAUUAUCUGCAGUAUUAUAUGGGCGGAGGGGCCAUAUUUGGAAGAAGGUAGGCGGCCUUAUUGCAAUGUUGGCAUCUUUCUACUUACUAGCUCAAGGGUGGGCCAUGGCGACAUAUUCCCCAUUCUCAUUGAAAGAUAGCCCUGAUGCUGAGGUUCAGACAGAACAAGUGUUGGGUAUGACAGAAAUGGUAGUUCCUAUUUUCGCUGGAGUCUUAUCGGCAUUGAGAAGGGUGAUUGCACGGCGCGUGUCUCUCAAGAAUCAACUUAAAAGACGGCUUCAUGCUAUUACUAUUGCUUCUGCAACAUGCUUUCUGUUUCCUGUGGCCAUGUGGGACAUGAUCAUAGGAUCACCUUCUGGUAGCAGUGUGGAGUUGCCAUUCUCUACUUGGGCUUUUUUGAGCACUAUUCUCUUCGGAGUUAUCUUGAUAUCCUAUGUCGACAGUAUUGCAGAAGAAAGAUUACACAUGGUUUUCUCUUCUCCGAGGCAUUUAAUGGUAGCUGGAGGAUGUAUCAUCGUCCUGGAGGUUGUGUACAAAAUGGACUUCUCUCUACCAGGCUUCCUAAUUUGCUGCUUAAUUUUAGGCUUUGGGAUAUAUGAGGCGACUUCUUUGGAACGUACAAGGAAAGAUUCUGUUCAAAAUUCCAAUCCAUCAAAUGGGGUGUUCGACGAUGAAAUCCAAAUGUCUCCGCUUCCAACUUGAAUUGUCAAUUUUUGAGUUCAUUUAUAUCAAAAGCAAUUUUGUUGUGUUGCGGAUAUGUUGCUUCUUUAUACCCAGAUCGUGCUUAGCAGGAAUCAACAAAUAUAUCUUUGCAUCAGUCACUGUGAACUGACACACCCAAGCAUACUGUUGGUUGUUCGGAUGUUGAUUUGGCAUUUGGGAGAUUGGGGAAUGUUAUCAAUGGCUUCUUUAUAUUGGUCCAUACAGUUUAAAUAGUCAAAUUUACACUUACCUUCUGAAGGAAUAGGCCUGUACCAAUCUGUGAGGGGUGAGAGACAGAGACAGAGAAGAGUCCUUUCUCUUACAAUUAAUUGUGAGUCACCAGGUACACAAUUUGUUGAACAUUUCUUUCUUGUUCACCAAUGGACUUCUCUUGUAAUGUUAGCCCUUUCAUGUGCCCUGCUGUAGAGAAGUAUUGCAAUUCUGUUAUUUCUCAGUCGUCUCCAAAAAUUAUUAAUUUUUUUCCUGACAUCCUGAAAAAAAUAAAAAAAGAAGAGGUCGUGUUUCUUUCCAA